AUGUUGGACAGGCGGGAUGCACUGGAAACGGCGGCAAGGGCAGAGGGUGGUUUGUCCCUGAACGGUGGUGCUCACUACAUGAAAGAGCUGGAAGAAGAAGCAGUGCGGCGCAAAUACCAACACAGCGUCAGAGUCCUCAAACCUAUCCGCUCCACCAGCAAGCACAAGCACCUGGUGGACAAUGCGGGCCUCUUCUCCUUCAUGACCUUCAACUGGCUGACCCCGUUGGCCGUUCACGCCCACCGCAAAGGCCAGCUGCAACUGGAGGAUGUGUGGGCCGUGUCCCAGUUUGAAAGCUGCAAGGUCAACCGCCACAGGUUGGCCGGGCUAUGGGAGGAGGAGCGCAGGGUGAAAGGGGACGAGGCGUCCCUGUGCGGUGUGGUCUGGGCCUUCUGUCGGACGCGCCUGCUUCUCUCCAUCCUCUGCCUCAUGGUCACCCAGCUAGCCGGCUUCAGUGGCCCGGCUGAGGCCUACAGGUGA